UCUCUCUCUCUCUCAUCGCUGCGUAAAGCUAUGAGUUUAAUUGCCGGUUCAUACGAGAGAUUCAUUUGGGGAUUCAAGUUGAGAUCCACCAAAAACGAUCAAAAUUACGAACUAACCCCUCUCUUCUCCUUCCCUUCACAUCUCUCACCAAUUAAAUGCACCGCCGUCGCCGGUUCUGCUGCUGUAUCCGGCGGCGCCGAUGACACAAUCAAAAUCUAUGACCUUUCUACUUGCUCAGAAAUUGGGUCACUACACCACUCUGCCACCGUUACUUCACUUUCCUUUUUUACCCCUUCUUCAUUCUCCUUCCCUCGUAACCUUAUUGCCGCUUCUGAAGAUGGUUCGGUUUCCAUAUAUGAUGCUGAUCCUUUUGUUCAUCUCAAAUCGGUGAAAGUGCAUCGUAAGGCAGUGAAUUCUAUUUGUAUUCAUCCGUCGGGGAGGUUGGCAUUGACUGUUGGAAGAGAUGAAUGCAUGGCUAUGGUUAAUUUGGUUAGGGGAAGGCGAAGUUUUUAUUGCAGGUUGGGAAAAGAAGCUUCUUUAGUUAAUUUUAGUGAUGGUGGUGAAAAGUUUUUUAUGGUUAUGGAUGAUAAGAUUUCUGUACAUGAAUCUGAAGAUGCGAAAACUAUUCUAGAGCUUGAUAGUAAGAAGAGGGUGCUUUGUGCCACUUCUGGGAUGCAUGGUAUUUUGUUUACUGGGGGAGAGGACCGGAGUAUUAAAGCUUGGGACAUUACUAGUGGAAAAAUUGCAUAUAGCAUUGAAGAUGCACAUUCUACUCGUGUGAAAGGCAUUGUUGUGCUACACAAAAACAGUGAUGGUGAUGCUGAAGAUCAUCAACACAUAGUAGCAUCAGCAUCAUCAGAUGGGGUCAUACGUGUUUGGGAUGUUCGCAUGACUAACAAAGAUAAGCCAAAUCCACUGGCUGAGGUCAAUACAAAAUCCAGGCUGACUUGUCUGGCUGGAUCAUCAAUCAAAUCUAUGAAAAGACCAGAGGUUGGAAAUACUACUUCAAAUGGACAACAGCUCGAUGCAAGUGAAGAAUCCUAGUGCUGUUGUAAUUUGCUAAUGACAAUCACACAGUGUAUCUGCCAUAUUUUUCCUUUAAAUUUCCCCCCUUGAAGUUGUUGGAAUCAUAUCAAUUUUGCUAGUUAAAGGUGGAUCACUCGAUAUAUCUAUUUUGUAACGCGUGUAUGAUUUUAAUGAGCAUGAAGAGUUAUUUCUUGCAGUUAGUAUUUAUUUUGGUUCCUACACUGAUGGGAUUUCAAUUUUAGUAUAUUGCUAUGUAUAUGAAUGUGCAAUUUGUGCUGUC